AUGUCUGAUCGUACGACAAAUUGGUUAUCAUCUAUUGAUCCACAAACAUCUUCAAAUGAAGUUACUAUUGCUUCCACAUCUUCAAUUACAUUUGUAUCACCAAAAUUAGGUGGUCGUCAACGUGAUUUUAUCUGGUCGUUUUUCAAUGACAUGGGUCCUGCUAAAACACCAGGUCAUCGUAAAGCUCAAUGCAAAUAUUGUUUAUCAUUCUUCAAUUUUGCAAAACUUCAUAUUAUGUAUUCACAUAUUGCGCAUCAAUGUGAUGAAAUUGUUAUUUAUAAUCCAAAUGCACGAAAAGAAGUUAUCAUUAGAAUGCGUGAUUUCGAACAACAAUCAUCACCAGGUCGAGUUAGAAGACAAUCCAGCGAGGCUGGAUCAGCCAAUCAAUUGAUGUCCAAACAAUAUACAAUGGAUCGAUUUACAUCCAGAAUAAUAUCUUAUAGUGAACAACAAAAUAUUGAUCGAUAUUUACUACGUGCUGUGAUUAUGAAUGGUAUAUCAUUUCGAACAGUCAAUAAUGAUUUUUUUAUUGAAUUUGUCAAACAACUGAAUCCAUCUUAUGAUCUACCUAAUCGAAAAAAAUUAGCACAUGAAGUGCUUACACAAGAAGUGGUAUAUGUGGAGAAUAAAAAUGAAGCAUUAUUAGCUGAAGCUGCUCAUCUUACAUUAAAUAUUGAUGGUUGGAGCGAUCGAUGUCAUCGAUCGUUGUAUGAAUAUAAUGUCAUUACGGAUAGUCGAAAGGCUAUCGUUCUCUCUCUUAUCGAUGUUAGUUCUUUUAGUCAUACUGCAGUCUUUUUAGUCAACCGACUAGAGUCUGUUUUAGCUAGAGUUUCAACAAAUAUUAACAUCACAUCAAAAAUACGUGCUAUUGUUACUGAUAACCCCACUACAAUGCAAAAAAUGCGUGAAAUGUUUAUAUCUAAACCAGGAAAUCAACAUAUUCUUGAAGUACGAUGCUUUGCACAUGCCAUCAACUUAAUUGCUGGUGAUGUAGUCAAGCAUGUUUAUGCUCAAAAUAUUUUACAUAAAGUAACAAUAAUCACGUCUUUUUGUAAUCGUUCACAUGCUUUCAAAGCAAAACUCAAAGAAGAAGCUGAACGAUUAAAAAUAAAAAAACAAACUCUUCAUACAAUUGUUACAACGCGGUGGUCAAGUGUUGCUGAAUGUUUAAAUUCUUUUAUUCUUCUUCGAGCACCACUUGAAGUACUUGUAGCUAUUGAUAAAUCAAUAGCACCUGCAAAAAUUAUUAAUAUAAUUAAUAAUCGUUUAUUUUUUCAUGAUAUUGAAAAUUUGUAUAAGAUUAUGCAACCAUUAGCUUAUGUAAUGACAAUUAUUCAAUCUUCUUCAAUUACAUUAGCUGAUUGUUAUCUUAUAUUAUCAUAUCUUCUUUUAACAACAGAUAAAUUUGUUCUUAAUACAGAAAUACGAACAUUUGGCAAAUUUGUUGGCAAGGUGGUUGAUAUUCGAUUGAAAGAAUUUCAAAAUGAUUUAUAUUUAAGUGCUUAUUAUCUUCAUCCAAAAUAUCGUGGUGCUGGUAUGCUUACUGCUGGCCGGUCAGCCGUAUAUCGUUAUUUGGCUGAAUAUAGCAAAAAAAUUGGGAACAAUUUAGCAACAACAAAAAAUAUUAUCAGUGCUUUACAAAGGUAUGAAAUUAAAAGUGGACCUUAUGCACUUCAUUUUACACAAGAUGAUACACCAACAUCCUGGUGGUCCAUGAUAAAUGAUAAUACACAUAAAAAUUCAUUAUCCAAUAUUUCAUUACGAAUAUUUUCAAUUACACCUCAUUCGGUCAUGCCAGAACGAUUAUUUUCUAUUUUAGACUGGCAUCAUACCAAACGUCGUAAUCGUCUGAAUCCAUUUACACUUGAAGCAAUUGCUAAAAUACAUACAUUUUAUAAAAAUGGAUCAAACAAUGUUGAUGAUGUUAGGGAUACUUGUUAUUUGGAAGACAUACUGGAUUUAAUGGAUGAUUCAAAUUCAACUGCUGGCAUUGUUGAUGAUGCAAAUAAUCCUAUUGAUGCAACUGAUUUUAUGCAAUGCAUUAAUGAUAACCAUCAUGCUUUACGUACAAAAUGUGAAGCUGAAUACAUUAAUGAAGAGCAAUCUGCUGAUAGCGAAAACAUUCCAGAGCGUCAUCAUAUUAUAAAUACUCAAGAUCGAGAUUAUCAACAGAUAUUAAUGGAUAUCGGCUUUAUCAAUGAAAAUCAGCCGUUAUCUCCUGAAUAUGAUGAAAUAACUGGAAAUGAUGUGGUCGACAAUCGAUCAAAUGAAGAUUAUGAUGUUGAAGAACUAUUAACAGCUUCAAUGGCUAUAUAA